UCUAGUCUAGUACUAGUCUAGUCUAGAUCUACUAAUCUAUCUAGUCUAGAUCUACUAGAAUCUAGACCAGUUGACAACCCAGCAGCUUCUGAGAUUCGGAUUCUGUCUUGAUCAAACAGCGGUUGAUUUUUGUAGUUGUAGCUUCAUCAACUUCAUUUUCAUUGUGAAAGUCACAAGAUAGGGUGAGGGAUGGCUGAUUCAGAGGAAAAGACUCCAGGAUAUGAUGACGAAGGUGUACCGCCUGUGGCAGACCACCGCAGUGAUGCUGCUGUGUUUGCCCAUUCUCUGAUGGAGCAAGUCAGCUCUGAGGACAUCCAUGCCAUGGUUUAUGUACAGAGAGACAUGUUGUCACGAUUUGAGAAAACUAAUGAAAUGUUGAUCAACUUUAACUUGCUGUCUACGGCGCGGUAUGAUGUGACUGUGAAAGAGUUCCAAAAGCAUACACAACUUUUGUUUGAGAUGAAGAAAGAUUUAGAUGGUGUGUUCAAACGAAUAAGAAUGCUGAAGCAGAGGUUGGGUAAAAUAUAUCCAGAGGCAUUUGCAGCGUGCAGCAGCGUGUACGUCAUGUCAGAAGCAGGUAAUGAUGACGACGACAGUGAGGAGGAGCGAAUCGUACAGGUGUCGGGAGAAGCGGCUGACACACGAGAUAUUUCGACCUCGACCACAGAGCUGAAGACGGCGUCACCUCCCCUUGUGACUGUCACUGAACCGCACAAGGAACCAGAGACGGAACUGCUAGUGGACAUUAGUGACUCUUAAGACUUGAUGGCUUUUGAACGUCACCUGUUUCUUGUGAUAUUGAAAUGACUUGUGAGGGGAGGGGGGGGGGGGGGGGGGGGGGGGGGGGGUGAAGUAGAGUUUUGAAAUUAUUACAUCUAUUUUUUUACUCAGGUAUAGUGUUUUCCAAGUAUUGAUUUUUUCUUUCCUUUUGUUUGUUCUAAGAUGGUUACUGAAGAGAAGAAUGGAGGAGAUCGAAGUAAGAUAAGUAAUAUUGUUUAUGGGAGCUAGAUAUUAUUGAAUGACGUGGCCAGAACUUAAUUGUGUGGAACUAACUCCACACAGUAUUUUAUUCUCCUUUUUCAUGUCAACAUCUAAAGAAAGUUCCAUUUCAAACUUGUUAUUUACUUUCAAUGUUGUCCUCACUUGCUGUUAUAUAUAAAAGUCAGCAUUCUAGAGGAAGAUACAACAUUCUCUUUAUGACAAGAAAUUCUAUGUGCUAGCGCUUUAGCAAAUUAUGUACUUAUUAAAAAUUUAUGUGUGUAGAAAAGAGAAUAGUAGGGGCACAGUCAUGAACAGUAACUUUCAUUGCUCAUAUUGUUUAUCCCUCUUUUCAAGAAGUGCUAUGUGUACUUUGAGCUUAUUUUGGACUUUUGUACAGGUUAUCUUGGUCCCAAUCCUCUGUAUGGCAUUUUUGAUGCUUGGUUAGUUGAGGAGCUUUUAUGGCUCUAUGUCUUUUUGAUGCUGCCCUGUUUGGAGUUGGGCUUUGAAAGUUAGGUUUUUCUGCUUCUUCAAUUAGGUCACUUUAUUGAUAAUGGUGUUAACCCCUUUCUGUGACAAAAAAACCCUAAGAAAUAUUACUCUUAAUUGUCAGUAUACUGUCAGUUUUGAUGUAGUGUUUUAGUAGGUUUUAAUUGUUCAACAUCCCACUUAAGAGAAUUAAAUGUCUAUAUUAAUAUGUUAUGUUGAACUAACAUUUUCUGGGAGGGGAGGAGGGGGAUGGUCUUUGUGGCUGAAGAAACAAGUUGCAAAGGGGACCUUCAGGGAACAGAAACUGAGAUCCUGAAUCUAUCUUGCAAAAGGUAGAGUGGUGGUCAUGGGAUUGGUGUCAGAUUUUUCCCUUGUUUGUGAAAAUUUCUCUUUGUUCUGUUCUUUGUCAAUUCGAACAGUUCAAAAGCAACUAAAAUGCUCUAGUAAGCUUAACGUUAGUCAUAUUACUGUAAAUUCUCCUCUCAAAAGCAAAAACUGAAUGUAAAUCAACAUUUUAUUGGAUUUUCAUCCAAUGAGAGAUCAACCAAAAUCUACUGUUGUCUCAUCGGAUGAUUUUACAGGGUUUUUGACAAAUUUUUUUUGUGUAUGUUUAAGGAAAGUGCUUUGCCAAGAUACAUUAACAUAAAAUAAGUGCAAUAGUUUGGUGCUUGCUGAAGAAGUUGUGUGCUUGUGUGCUUCUAAGUUUAUGCUUGAGGUGCAGUGACAAAGAACUGUGUGAAUAUUAAAACUAUUUUUGUGUUUCUUAAGUUACCAGAAUACAUGGUACAUACUUUUGUUUGUGUGUGUGUGUGUGUGUGUGUGUGUGUGUGUGUGUGUGUUUGUGGGAUGUUUGUUUGUACUAGUGUGUAGUUCUAUUGAUUGCUUACUGUUAGAUUCUGCCAUACACCAUUUUUAACCCUUUGAGCCCUGACCUCCUGAGGCUACUGUGCCCCUCUGCCUGAGCUCCUGAGCAAUUCACACCUUCAUUCAUAUGAUUAUUGGAAUCACAUUCCCUAUCCCACUCGUGGUAGUCCUCGUCAGUACCAACAUCUAAUUCAGAAAAAUCUUCAAAAUUACCACUAGGGUCCUAUGUAGCGUACACUGUUUGCCAUGCGUGUUUUGCCUCGGGUGGACCAGUUUGAGAAUCGGGUUUCACUCAUCGCUGUACCGGUGGCUAGCCAUACGGGCAAAUUAACACGCCACCAGUGUACCUGGUGGCUAGGGCUCAAAGGCAUAAAAGUGACUUGACAGUCUUACACUGAGCGGUCAAUAUGUUCUUGAAGGAAAUAAACUGACAGACAAGCAAACAGAUAAUCAAUGGAGCGAAAAGAACUUAUGUGUGAUCAGAAUUUCCAAAUUCAGAGGAACCGGUGGCUUGUCAAAAGUUUUCUCUUUUGUGAAUGAGUGGUGAUUAGUGUGAUAUAACUUCAUGUGGAGAUGUGAUUGGUUUCCCAGAGCAUUAUUUAUUAAAGUCUUGAAGUCAUGAUGCUAUAAAUAGUGAUCUUUGGUGAAAAUUGGUGAAUCUAAAAUCCUUAUGUGAAAAAUGGGUAUGUAUUAUUUUGGACAUGCAUAAAAUGACAAUAGUCUGACAGAGGAAACGGAAUAUAGGGAUACAGUGGAAUCCUGUUACAACGAGGGGGAGGGGAUCGGAGCAAAAUGUCCGUUAUAGCAGGAUUCUCGCUAUAAGUAUAAGGGUUCCUGUAAUAUAUUCAAGGGAAACUGUAAAGUAGGCCGAAUCUAUGAGUUUGGUGUUCUGUCUAUUUCCUUUUGCUAUCUUUCCUGAUGAUGGUUUUGUUUCAACAUGACCUUUAGGUCUUACUUGAUCAAAAAUCGAAUCAGGUUUCUUUCUCUAGAGCUAGUUUUCCCCCACCCCACCACACCCUGUGGUGCAUUCCGUCAGCUUGCGCACGUCACUCAUUCGCUCCAACCAUCAAAUCACUGUGACCUCUCCAUCCCCGCAUCGGAGAAGUUUUUCUCGUUUUUUCCGGACUCGUUAUAAGUGGACUCCACUGUAUCUUGUAAGGUCUCAUAAAUUUAGAAAAGUGCUUGCAGAGGGUCUGUUACUUACAGGCUUUGUGCUUUCAUGUGUAAAUGCAUUUGCACUGUUCCUCUUCAGUGCACAAGAAGCUUUAUGUAUUGGACAAUACAAAAGAGUUGUAAUUGUAUCGGACAUGGCUCAGAAAAUGCUUAGGACUUGCCGUAAGAAAUGUUACUGAUUCCUUUUAUGAGUUGUAAGAAAAGCAGUAAUGAAAUUGAGAAAAACAAUCUGUCAAAAUUUGAGUUUUUUGCCAUCUUUGGAUAGGGUAGUAUUACACUCUAUAAUCCUGCUCAAUAAAUCGUAGAGAAGGUACAAAAAAUUGUGUUCUGUGAUUUUAUGACAUUUAAAUGUUUGACAAAGAGUUAGUAUGACAGCCAGAGGGAGUAACUGAAUAGUUUAAUGUUUUGACUACUUCAUGGUCAUUAUUUAUAUUCAUGUUGAUGUGCAAUUUGUGUUAGAGAAUAUAUAUAUGUAAU